AUGGCCGCAGCGCCUAAACCCACUAAAACAACACUACAUAACAAAGGAUCGACGCCAAUUCUCCAUAAUGCGGCGGCCUCCUCCCCUGAAGCAGAUCCGGAGGAAGACAACGACGGUAAGAAAUAUCUUACAGGUUGGAAGCUUCACUCUUUGAGCGCAGCGCUUUGGAUUAGUCUCUUCUUAUCAACGCUCGAGACCACAAUCGUCAGUACAUCGUUGGUCUCUAUCACCAAUGCCCUCAAUGGCUUCAUUCUUCGCGAUUGGAUCGUCACAUCAUAUUUGUUGACAUACACCGGCUUCUUGACUAUUUAUGCCAAGCUGAGCGAUGUUUUCGGGAAGAAGACAAUGCUUCUGCUUGCGUUACUCAUUUUUACACUGUUUUCUGGUCUUUGUGGUGCUGCAAACAAUGUCGUUGAUCUCAUCAUUCUCCGAGCGUUUCAGGGCAUUGGCGCAUCUGGCAUUUACGCCAUGAUUCUCGCAAUCGCUCCCAGCUUGGUACCGAUCAGCAAAUACGCAAAGUACAUGGGCGUCAUGUCGACAGUCUUCAUCACCGCAAGUGUUCUAGGCCCUAUACUUGGUGGUGUUAUCAGCCAGCACUCAACCUGGCGCUGGGUCUUUCUUCUUAAGUACGACCCUGCCUCUUGCUUCCACCAUGACAUGCUGACACAGGAUCAUAGUCUUCCUGGAGGAGCCAUUGCCUUCGUGAUGGUCUGCUUGUUCCUGCCAGCUUCCGAAGAGUCAUCUAACCUCUCACUUCUGAAAGUGCUGCGCGCAAAGGUCCGACGCUCGAACUGGGUCCGCAUCGAUGUGCUUGGAAUAAUUCUUCUCCUUGCAGCCUCUGUUCUCCUUGUGUUUGCACUCGAGGAGGGAGGUACUCGGUACUCAUGGAGCAAUGCGAUUGUCAUAGCCACGUUGGUUCUUGCGGUUGUGUUAUUUAUCGCCUUUGGACUUUGGGAAGUCUUUGUUGAAAAGUCGCCAAGCAAGCAAGAGCCUGUAUUCCCGCCGAGUAUUUGCAAGGAUAGGAUCUCAAGCGCCAUGCUGCUAACUACCUGUUUUGUCGGCUUCCCAUUCGUAUCAAUGGUCGUUAACAUUCCGCAAAGAGCGCAGGCAGUUUAUGGAAUGUCACCUUCUCGCGCUGGCAUCAUCCUACUACCUAUGAUGCUGACUUCUCCUGCCGCAACUGUCCUCUCCGGUUACUUGACUGGGAAUGCCAAGGUGCCGCCCGCAUAUCUGAUAAUUUUCGCUGCGGUGCUACAAGUUUUGGGCGUCGGUUUGACAUGCUCACUGUCUACAGAUGCAACCGACAUGCCAGAUGCUCAGUACGGAUAUGAGGUGUUGAUGGGAGUCGGGUUUGGUAUGGGCCUGGCUACCGUCUUGACCUUUGCUAGGGUGGUGGUUUCUGAAGCAAAUCUGCGUGAGCGACCUUUUCCCGGUGAGAUUUGGGAGUGCUAA